GUCGGCCGUCUGUUGGCACUUUGUCGUCUGCGAUGGUUUUGGCGGGAUACGGCACGGAGUUAAUAGUAAUGCAGACAAGUAUAACAGAAGUUUGAUGAUCCCACCAGCGGCUAUGUCUGUAAAGGCUGACGUCUGCUCGGGAUGCAAAAUAAUCCCAAGCAUAACUUGUCCAAGCGGAUCCAGGAGUUCGAACUAUGGAGAGAUGAAAAGGGAGUAAUCAAAAACAUAGAGUAUGCCCAGCGAAGAUCUAGUCGUAGGAGCAAGUUCAAGGAGUUAAACAGGGACAGAAGACUCAGGUGUUGGAAACGACUCUACGUGCCAUCUCUGUUCGGAAUACUGAUGGGUUCGGUUGUCCUCUUGUGCAGUUCCGUGUAUUCCAUGGGCCACAAUACGUUGUUCUGGGAUCACAAGAACACGUUUUACAUAGUGGGUUCAGUGAUGCUGUUCGCUGGCGUCAUCUUGCUGCUGAUAGCAGCCGGCCUCACGUACAAGAGAGAACAAGUGUUACGGUCUCAGCUAGGAUUGCCCGAAAUGUUUUCUCAGGCGUGGAAGCCUCCCUCCACAGGCUGCGGAAGUUCUUGGUCGUCAACAAGAUCGACUGGCAUCAGUAGAGAUGCAAAGGAUAAUUCUUCGACCUCUGAAAAGAAGCAUGUCCGAAGGGAAACCUCCAUGGACUCGGCGGAAAUGUCGACUUUUCUGGAAUCUAGCACAUCCUCUCCGCUCACGGAUGUUACAUGGUUGGAAAUGUCGACCAGUUCGUCCGGACGUUUCCCAGAUAACAUGGUCAACGGAAAGGUUUUGACCACAGAGGGACCAAACAACGUCCUCUUCGUCAUACAUUCCAAGGAUUAUUGUGUUUCGGGAACUUCGUCUGAAUAUCAAAGUGGCAUCAGUGAACAUGACCAAAGCAUCUUGGAUUCUCCCGAUAUAUGCACAGAAAUAUGUCCCAUGCUGCCAGACUCACCAAACCCCAUACCUAGUGCUCAAAGUCGGACGACAGUUCGAUCGGUGACCUGAUAUUUUACAAAGACUAGUAUAUAUACACACACCAUUAUAAUCACUUCAUCAGUAGAAGACAUCACACCUCACUUGUAGAACAUGGGCCGAAUUUAUGAAGCCUGUUUUUCAUAAACACAGGUAUUAAGCAUAGUAAAUGUAGUUAAACGCGUUUAUGAUAAAAAAACCCACACAAAAAACACACAACAACAACAACACAAACACAGGGUUUGUAAAUUCGGCUACAUAUGUUUUAACUAGCAUGUAUAGUGGUAGGAUUUCAGCCUCAUCCCUUCAUAAAGCAUAAUCGUGAUACCACCAAAAAAGUAUUUCACGAAAACUUCAUAUUCCUGGGAUGGUUUUAAAUGAAAGAUGUUGAAAAUAUAUAUCAAAACUAUUCUGUUUUAGAAGGCGAUACGUGUGAACAACCACUCAGAAAAAAGCAAAUGGGUUUAGGUCAUCCUAGGUUAAUUUUCACGCAACUCUGAAUUACUUGUUGCAGUUUGACCAAACUAAGUGUGUGUUUUUUUCAUUUUAAUUUGCACAUCAAAUUAAGAAAUGAAAAUGCAUUUUCUAAACAUUUCUGAAAAUGGACGAAUGAAAGGGUGUGGAUGUUUCUUCUUGGUCAUGUUUCAUAUCCAUUAUUGCCUAUGAGCCUUUAUGGGGCCCAUUGUAUAUGGUCUUCCAUCUUUUCUGAAAGGGGAGGGGUGAAGGGGCGCAGAAUCAUCUUCUGGUUCAUGUCAUAUCCAUCACUGCCUAUCAGCCUUUAAUGGCCCAUUGUAGAGGGUCUUCUAUCUUUUCUGAAAAGGGAGGGGUGAAGGGGCGUGGGUAUGCCUUCUGGGUGAUCUUUCAUAUCCAUUACUGCAUAACAACCUUUAAAGGGCCCGUUGUAGAAGGUCGUCUCUCUUUUUGGAGAUAUUAACAUUUAGCUACAAAACUCACUGGUGCGUUAAGAAUUACUUAUUUGAGUGUUUGUAUGUGUGUGUUACUGUACUUCAUGUUCAAAACACUUUCUUUUUUUUUUUAAACUAAUGACUGGAAAUUUGGCUCCAUUUUUUAUUGAAACAUACUUGCGUAAACACUUCGCUCGUUGUAAAAUGCUGGAAAGUGACUAGGUGCUACAGAGCUAGCCGAAAUUCCAUUUCUCCUCUGACCUGGAAAGAACCACUAUCUGGCUCUAUCAGACGUGGUGUUCGUGACAAACGCAUGGUAAUCUUAGUUAGAUAUUUGCACGAUAAAUUACCCAGAUUACAAAGAUCACUGGAAUUAUAUGUCUGAAGUCGUACACUUAGAAUCGGUUAGGCUAAGACAAAUUAAUUUCAUGUUUCUGGUUUACCCGGUACUACUAGUAUUUGUUUGCAAAAUAACACAAUGGACACGCAAGCAGGAUUCGAAAGUUUCAAUCUCGAAUAACCUUGAUUAAUUACGUAAAUUAUUUUCACAUUUAUAUUCACGUCAAACAAAGGAGCCGUCACGAUUUUGUUACCAUUGUUAGAAUGUUUUUCAACUAAGAGACGAUUUAAUGAUUAAAAUAGCAUAUUAAAUACAUUUAAAUACAUUUUUGUUCUGAAAUAAUGAAGUAUUUGUUGCUGUGUAUUAAGUGUGUUUCUGAUCGUCCCAGUGUUUCUACUUGUCCAAACCUUUAUUUCAUAUGUUUAUCGUGCGAAUAUUGACACUAUUGACAAGCAACUAUAUUUAGUAUAUAAUUUUUGUCGUUAAAAUAUUGUAUUAGUCGAAAACAGUUUACAAUGGCACUGUUCUGCAGGAUUCGAAUUUUACCACGGUAACAACGCCAAUGCCGCGGUUGUCCUCCUUACUUGCCGUUGUGCCCUAAAAAUCAAACAUUGUCGACAAGAAAAAUACUGUGAUAUUCUGCCUGAUUUCCCUCCAUACCCUUAUCAUACAAUCUAUGUUGUAUAUGUAAGAAAAAGUAAAAAUACCAUUUGCAAUAUGAUGAAAGGCAUCCGUAUCCAUCAAACUGCAUAAGCUAAAUCCCAAGGAACAAGUGUGAAAUAAUUUUUGUUUGGAAAAACUUCAUAGAAAGUAAAUUGCAUUCGUACCCCUCUUUUAAAAGAAACAUUUGCCAUGGUACCCUAAAUUGUGUUAUUAAACCGAAGGCAACACUUGUCGGGCUUUCAAGACAGUCAAGUAGUCGUGAGCACUCAUCUCAGCUAUUAAGAAUGUUUGUCGUGCACAGAGCCCAAUGAUUAGUGAGAAACAUUGCAUGUCCGUAUGUUUUAUGCCAUGUGAAAAUGUGUUAGGUGUGUUCUCUAUAUGGGAUCAUCUUUGAUCCCUCUUUAUACAUGUAUAUAGGAUUACUUAGGGGUCAUUUUUGCAUUUGGGUGCAAUUUGAAUCGGGAUGGUUCGCACCGAAAGCCUUAAGAUGGAGCUGAUUUAAAUGAUUCUGACAGUAAUAAAUUAUUUAGGUGGCACAUUCGAACCCUCCCACCCUACGGGCAUUGAAUGUAGUGGUCUUGCACCUCCCCGUUUUAAGUCGUUAAUAACCUAGCAUCUACAAAUUAUGAACUCUGACUGAUUAACAAAUGACCCAUCGCAGCCCAGUAUUCAUAUCUUUGGGCAAAUUAUGGUCGACCUCUCGUUCUUACCAAAUCGAUUAUGAUAACCAACGUCUCUGGAACCCAUUACAACAUCACCUUCCGGCGAGUUAAACAAGCGAUAUUCGAGUUAUGUAAAUGCUAUUACUGUCCGCAUUUGAACCCUAGACAAAUUAGUCUCAUAUACUUGGCGUAUAAUUACAGGUUUACCUAAGCAGUCUGGCUUUGAAAGAAACAUUGACGGCUGUUAAAUAUAGCACCUUUAACCCUAAUAAAUAACUAAAUAUUUAAUUUAUAACUAAAUGUAUAAUAAAAGUAGCUAAUUACUAUAAAAAAUAAAAUGACGUAAGAAGUAUAUGAAAUGUGGAAUGAAAAACCUCGGAACAAAACUUUGAAUUUCGUAAAUACAUGUAUAUUAGAAAUGUCGUAUUCUCUACUUGAAAACAGAAACGACUUAUACAUGCAGCUGCUACUUUCCUUCUCUGUGGCGGAUCUAAGAACAUGUUUUUUGGGGGAAAGGACUAAGGAUGCAAAGGCACAUGCACCAACUCGUAAAAACGGCAACCCAAUGAAAAUGUAGGGGUUUUUUUUAAAGCCAGAAAAAAAUAUGUACUCUCGGAUCCGCCCCCUGCUUCUAGAUUAAGGACAAAAAGGUAAACAUUUCUGGAAAUGUUACAAAAGAUUGGGGUAGUUGUGGAUGGGGAGACAGAUGCGAAGACACGGAUGCCCGAGUCGUAUCUGCAAUACGUGUAACGGUAUUUGAGAUAAGCGCCAGUAAACGAAUCUUUUACCAGACAUUUCAAAUUGGCUAUGAAGAUAAUGGGUUCCCGCUAAAUCAGCUACGUAACUAAUUUGGCAAACUUUGAUGGCUGAAUGAAGUCCAGAAUACAAAAUACUUUGAUGUAUUAUACCAUUUCUGAGGGCAAAAGACACACCCAGUGUUCAAGUUACCAAGUUGGCAACAUAACAGACCACAUAAAAGCUACAUUCAAAUUUCAUCUUGAGACUUGCAUUCUUAAAGUAAUAAAUGGAUACAGGUGCCCUUACAGUUUUCUAAUGAAGGUCUACUUCCUUCCCCCAAAUGAAACACCACCCCACAAACAGGAAAUCCUGCGUUUAAAAUGUGAAGAAAAUAAAAUGUAAAUAAAAAAUGCAAAAUAACGACGAGACUCCCAGUUAGCAGUUAAAAAUGCAGAUGAACUAUAAAAAAACAUAUUUUAAUUCAAAAUGCUGCAAAACCUAUAUACAUAUCUGGUUUACUAUCUGACAUUAAAAUACGCUAGCCCCCAAAACCUAUUAAAAGAGCAGGUUUGCUUAUUACUUUGCAUCAGUUUGGUAUCCCCCCCCCCCCCACAAAAAAAGAAAGAAAGAAAAAAACCAUUGAGCAUAUGGUACAUUAUUGAUUUAUUUUAAACUUUUAAAACGUUUUUUUAAGUUUUUUAAUUAACCCUUUAAUUUGUAAAUUUCCGUAAUGUAUUAUGCAUCCAGUUAAGAACAUGUGGUCCAUCAUAGUGUAAGGAGAGUUGUGAACAAGGAUAGUGUAAGAAAAGUAUUUUCCGACAAUUCUUCAAAUAAAAAAACGAAGAAUUAAUUUUGAAAUGUAAAAUAUACUUUGUGACAAUGAAAAAGUGCAUAAUCGAAAGUGCUAAUUUAUGGAAUAUUGACCCUGCUUUAGCGUGUUUUCUGCGGCAUUCGGAGGAUUUUUAACAUCACGCUUUUUGGUACCGAUAAUAACAGUUAACAAAAUGUCAAUUUCUCGAAACCUAUUCGGAAUACAGGUCCCAAAUUUCAAAUUUAUUUAUGUGGAUGACCGACAAAGUGCGUGGGUGACUAUAAAAUAUUAAAUAUUUGAGAUGGAUUGACCCUUUAGUAACGUGAUGGGGUUAUGUCUAAAUUGUCAAACUAAAAUGUAUGUGCGCGUUCGUGCGUGUUUCAAAUUUGACAAAGUAAAAAAAAACCCCAACAAUUUCUCUUCAGGGCAAGGAAGACAUUAAUUAAUUAAUUCAUAUACCGGUACCUGCUCCCACCCAGAGCGAGUUUAGCGACUGAAUAUGUACGAAGAAAGGAAAUAUUUUAUUCAACGACGCACU